UCGAUAAUGCAUAAGAACUUUGAGUAACAACAAUUUAACAAUAACAACACACGCACACAACCCAUAUAACGGCAACUAAACCUUCGCCACUGACUCCGUGAGAGCAGAACUAAAGAGCGGCAAAGCGCCAAAGCCAUUGUAGAGUGUGGGAGUAGCAGAGAGCGCAUUAAAUGCUGAGCGCGCGCAAAGAUAAAACACAGUAGCAGCAGCAGCAGCAGCAGCAGCAAAAGCAGCAGCAGCAGCAGCAACAGCGACGUCGACAGCGGCCGUUCUAGGGCUCGCAUAACUCGCAACGGCGCCGAGCGCGACACUUCGGCCACGCAUAACAGACAAUUCGACGACUGAGACUCCCUCUGCAACUGUUGGCGGGGGCGAGCGUGUGGGCGCGCGCAAGUGAAAAACGAAAUUGCAAUUAAAAGAAAUUUUGUUCCGAACUUAAAGUUCCGAAGUUAAAAAGCAAAAGCAAAGAGUGUGCGCUUAGAAAACUAACGGCUUAUUAAAAGCAACUCAAAAUCAACAGUAAAACACAAUUAUGGUGGACACUAAUAGCAAUGCUGGUUCCACGGCAGCUGCCGUUGGCAACUCGGCGGCACGCCUGCGCAAAUUUGAUCGAACCGACAGCGAAUUAGCCUGCGAGGAAGCGGCACGCCUGACCUCCGACCAGAACUAUAACAGUCCCGAUGAUGACAACGAUGAGGAGGAAAACGAUGACGAAGAUGGAGAUGGAGAUGGAGAUGGAGAUGAUGAUGAUGAGGUUAGCGUGUACGGCGAAUUGCCGCCACCGCCGGACGGUGGCUACGGCUGGGUCAUUUGCUUCGCCAGCUUCAUGUGCAACAUGAUCGUCGAUGGCAUCGCGUAUACCUUUGGCAUAUUCCUGAAUGAGUUUGUCGCCUAUUUUCAUGAGGGCAAAGGCACCGUCGCCUGGGUGGGCAGUCUUCUAUCUGGCGUCUAUCUGAGCGCCGGUCCCAUCGUCUCCGCCCUGGCCAAUAAAUAUGGCUGCCGUGCCGUUUGCAUCGCUGGCAGCAUCAUUGCCUGCAUCGCCUUUGUGUUGAGCACGUUCAGCGGAUCCGUCAGCAUGCUUAUGGCCACCUAUGGCGUCAUGGGCGGCUUUGGUUUCGGCAUGAUCUAUUUGCCCGCUGUGGUGGCCGUGGGAUACUACUUUGAGACGAAGCGUUCUCUGGCCACGGGCAUUGCCGUGUGCGGCUCGGGCUUUGGCACAUUCGCCUUUGCUCCACUGGCCACCUACUUGCUGGAUGAGUAUGGCUGGAAGAAUGCGCUGCUCAUUUUCGCUGGACUGAUACUCAAUUGUGCCAUCUUUGGCGCCAUGAUGCGGCCGCUAACCUAUCCCAAAAAGAAGAAGGUGAAGCCACUGAUGCAGCGCAUGUACGAGGAGAAGCAGAUGCAGCUAGAACGCGGCUCGUUUGCGGGCUCACAUUUCAUGGUCCAGUUGCCCGACGGCACCAUGGAGCGUAAGUUAAAAUUGCCACUGAAUGCCGAUCCUGGUGUCCAUUCCAGCCUAAAUCUGGAGCUGCUGGCCCAGCAAUCUGGCGGACUGCAUCCGGUCUCAACGCUGCCCACCAUCACCGAAUCCAAGGUGGUGGAACUGAAUGCUCAAUCCCCUCCAAACAAUGGCGCUGCCGAUAGCAAUGGUCAACUGUCCACGCGAUCUGGUCGCCGAUCGCAACGCAACUCGGAGAACGAGCACAGUCCAUAUCAGUCGCAGGAUGCGAUGAUACGCAAUGCAUCCCAGCCCGCCUUUCUCGCUGGCGAUCACCAAAGUCUUCCCAAAAACGGUUCGGUGCCAUCUUUUAGCCGCGUCCGCAAAACAUCCGGCAGUGAACGUUACCAGCCCUCGCUGGCAGCCAUACGUGCCUCCUCUCGCGCAGACAUCGAAGCGGGCGCCGGCGCCGACUUCAAUACCUCAAAAUUGUCGCUAUCCCAGCGUCAAGGCAGCUCAAGCGGCAGUGGCGGACGCAUGGUGCGUCCCAUGUCACGCAAGGACAUCUUCUACUCCGGCUCCGUCACAAAUCUGCCUCAAUAUCAAUCCCAGAAGUCGCUCACAAACUAUCGCAACUCUGUACUGUCGCUGACCAAGUACGAGAAGAGCAUGCAGAGCAUGCGCUUGGAUCCACUGGCGGAGGCGGAUAAGCAUCGUGAGGAGUACGAUCUGUGCCCGUGCCUGUGCAUACCCGAUUCGGUUAAAUCUGUUGUGAACACCAUGUUGGAUGUGAGCCUACUCAAGGAUCCCGUCUUUAUGCUAAUGGGCGUAUCCAAUGUAUUCGGCAUGGCUGGAUUAUAUGUACCGUUUGUCUACCUGGUCGAUGCGGCCAAGGAGCAUGGCAUAGACAGGAACGAUGCGUCAAUGCUGCUAUCCAUCAUUGGCAUCACCAACACCGUGGGACGUGUGGCCUGCGGCUGGGUGGCGGAUCUGCCACAGGUCAAUUCGCUGCUGCUCAACAACAUCUGCCUGCUGAUCUCGACGGUGGCCGUCACAUUGACUCCACUAUGCUACAGCUAUAGCGCCUAUAUAGCUAUGUCAAUCGCCUUUGGAAUCGCCAUUUCCGGCUACAUUUCGCUAACGUCAAUUAUUUUGGUGGAUCUGCUGGGCCUGGACAAGCUAACGAACGCCUUUGGCCUGCUUAUAUUGUUCAGAGGAUUUGCUGCACUGAUUGGCACACCGCUGGCGGGCUUCAUCUAUGAUCUAACCCAUACCUAUGAUCUGCCCUUCUACAUGGCAGGUGGACUGUUCGCCUUGUCCACCAUCACCAGCUUUAUGGCGCCCUGUAUGAAACGCUUUAGUAGCUCGGAUGAGACGCCAGUGCAUCCCGAGACGCUGACGCCCAUCGAUGAGGAGCAGGGCGAGGAUGCCGAGGAGGAGGAUGAGGAUCAACCAAUCACCAUUGUGCCCAAGAUCAUCAGAACUCUGGCCAGUCCACAGAAGGAGGAGCCGCCACAGCAAUUCCCCGCCACGCAACAGAAGUCAUUAACAACAACGGAAUCAAAGCUCUAAGCAACAAGAAUUUAAAACAAAGCAGAAACACAAACAAAUAAUAUAAAUAAAUUGAAGAGAGAGAUUGAAGCGGAAUGUAAGAAUGAAAGCGUAUGAAUAAGAGAUAUUUUUCUAGCAACAUAUACAAAGAAGAGCCAGAUCGAAGCAGGAGCACAGGAGCACAGCAGAGCCGAGGAAGUAGCAGCAGGAGAGCAAAAAUGAGCGCAACAGUUCAGGCAGGGGCAGGCCCAGGUCCAGGUCCAAAGCGAAAAGUAUUGUAAAGAGAGCACACAAAGAAAACUAUAUACAAAAAGCGCAUAUAUAUACAGUAUAUAUGUAUAUAACGAUACCGAUACCGAAACUAUGCCUAAGCAACUAUUCAAUAUACAUACAACUAAUUAUAUACAUAUGUUAUAGAUUUGCUUGAUGGCAAAAAGGAAAUUCAAGAAAACUUGGCUUAGCUUCGAUAAGAUUGUAGCAGAGCUCUGCUGCCAUAUAUAAAUAUUAGCUAUAUACAUACAAAUAUAUAUAUAUAUAUAGAAAAGGAAAAAAGUAAUAAUAAUAGUUACACGCUCAUAAAAGCAAAACAAAAACAAAAAAGAACAACAACAGUAACUAAAAACUUUGAUAAAAUCUGAUUGAUUAUAGUUUCAACUGUUAUACAACAAUAGCAACAACUGCAAAAGCAAUUAGAUUGUAAACUAUUUUUAUUAUUUGUCUGUUAAAUUUUACGAUUUUUAAAAUACUAUUAUGUACCAUUACUAUUAUUAUUAUUAUUAUUGCUACUGUAUUUGUUAUAUGUAUCAUAAUAACUCUCGAUCUAUAUAUUAUUACUGCUAAUAA